AUGUCAUCUCCUCCGAACUUGUUAUCGAGCCUUGACUUGAUACCAGGCUUGAAUUCUCCUGUAACCGUAGGUUCACCACAAUCAUCCACACCUUCUUCACCUCCUUUACCAAAUCAUCACCUACGAUCUAAAACAGCUCCGCCGUCAACCUCUCGACCACACAUCCUACCAGCCAACAUUAGCAAUGACGACUCUUCAGAGCACGAUUCUCCUUCCCCACCAUCUUCGACGGAGUCUAGUCCAACCGCCAACCACACCUCUUGUCUUCGAAGAACCACUUCGUCCCUAUCAGCAGGAUCGAAUGGCAAUGGUCGAGAAAAGAAAAGACUUAGAUUCACGUCUUUAUCUCAACCUCAAGCUGGACCAAGUAGGUCAGCUGGCCAUGUUGUCUUUCCAGGAAGAUCACUUGAAGAAGGACGAUUGAAUGGAGAUCCUUCAGGGACAAAAGGUAUACCUAGAGAUCAAGUUGAUUAUCUAAUGAGUGAUCCUGGAACCCCAAAUCUAUCAGAAACUGCCGAUCAAAUCAGAAGAACCCUUUCUUUAGCCUCCCUGGAUUCUCUGCUCCUUCUCUCAACAAACCACUCGGAAAGAGAUAAACUCAUAGCCGAAGUAUCAAAAGCAGGCAAAGGUCUAGUUUGGAGACAUCAGGAUGAGAAGAAAGCUCUUCCUCGUGAUCCUGAAAGAGCGGGAGUUCUGGCGUUAAAGCGUGGUUUGCGCUCGUUCUUGUUGGCUUUCUCUGUGAGAGCAGGUGUGAACGUUUUGAUAACCCUAUUUCGGAAUCUACGGAGCAAGAAAUUACGCCUGGCACUUUUCCGCCACGCCAUAUUUGGUCAAGAACCUUUUAGAUUUGGUGCCAUGAUUGGUACAUUCACUUUCCUCAAUACGCUAACCUUACAUAUACUUCGACUGGCGCCACCUAUCGGAUACUAUAAAAGACGGAUCAAAAAUGGUAUAUUCAAUAAACCUACUUUUGGACCUCCAGAAAGAGAAGGUGAUGAAGGUGAAAGGAGGUGGCAAGCUGCUGUUGCUGGUGCAGUUGGAAGUUUAGGUUUAUUGUGGGAAAGUACCAGUAGAAGGACUGGAGUUGCACAACAGAUGUUCGUCCGAGGUCUUCAAGCUUCAUAUAAUCAAUAUACACCUCGAUUUGGCAUACAUAUACCUCAUGGCGAUUUACUGGUUUUCGGUGCUUGUUGUGGUCAGAUCAUGUUUGCAUGGCUACUGAGUCCUGAAACCAUACCGAAGGAGUACAGUGCAUGGAUUCUGCAAGCUUCUCGUGUACCGGAUUUCGCUGUGAUGGCAAACCGAACCGCUGUGAGGCAAAGGAUCAUCGACCCAAAGCAAGUCCAAAGAGCGUUGGCCCAUAAGGCAAUAACGCCGUCAAAUCGCAAAGCACUAGAACAGGUCUUAUUGAAGCUGAAAGACGGAUGGAGACCAUCCGCCGUGCCAUGUGAAAUGGUUCAUCCUUGGGUUGAUCGGUGUCCCGAGACCAACUUCAGGCGUUUCUUUGCUGUCUUUCGAUUCAUGCUUCCAGUAUACUCGGCUCUUCAUUUGAUUCCUAUGCUUGUUCUGCGAAGACAUCACGUGCAAAGAGAUCCUUUGAGAAUGUUAGCGAGAGCUGUAUGGGGCAUAACGAGAAGUUGUUCUUUCCUAGGAGUAUUCGUAAUGAUUUAUCAGAUCCUUUUCUGUAUGCGCACCCAGUCAAUCGAGCAGGGUUGGGGUACAAGCUGGCUUCGAAUUGCAUUGAAGAGGAAGGAGACGUUCUGGUUGAUGGGCUUCAGUACCUGUCUAUCUUUGUUAGUCGAGGAGAAAAAACGUCGUGCAGAACUUGCUAUGUACGUCCUACCUCGGGCGUUGGAGUCCGCUUGGUCUUCUGCUCGUAAAAGGGCAUGGGUACCCAUCGUUCCUUUCGGAGAGACGAUCUUGGGUGCAGUAGCUAUGGGUAUGGUCAUGGAUGCUUACAAGCAUUCACCUGAUUCUAUGAGUGGUAUUGUUAAGAGAUUGUUAUUCCAACUUGUUGGACCUGUAUAA